AUGAGUGAUGACAAUAUAGAACCGUGCAGUAUUCCAUUACUGCGUGAUAAUGUCGAAGAUUUAGACAGUUAUGAUGACGUCAUGAAUAGUACAGAAAGAGAGGAAAGAGUAUUUUUGAAAGAAAAUGAAGGAAAUAGAGAAAAAAAGAGACAGUUAGAAAAUAGUGAGGAGAGCGAGACAGGGGAUGCUGAAGAAGGAUGGACCAAGGUUCGAGGAAAAGGGAAGAGAACAUGUCUUCGAAGUGAGAUUGACGUGAAUGUGAGCAAUCAUAAUUUUGAAAUAUAUAUCUCCUCUAAAGAUAAGAUGCCCAAACAAUUCGCCCUAGCAAGAACUUUUCAACAGCUCAAUAUCACUAGCAUCAAUCACGUUAAAUACAUAACACCCUAUAAAGUGCGGUUGCAUUUGGAGAACGAGGAGACUAUGAAAAAUAUUUUGGAAUGCGAAGAGUUAAUUCGUAAAGGUUGGAGAAUAUAUAAAGCUAUGGAAUUGUCAUAUUGUUAUGGUGUUAUUAGAGAUGUUGACCUUGAUUUGAGUGAAGAAGAAAUUUUGAAUAAUAUAUCUUGUCCUUUUUCUAUUGAAAUCCUAUCACUUAAGCGACUUAAUAGAAAGGCUUUAAAUGUUUACGCAUCGACUUUUACACCACAAAAACCUAUCGAACGAGAAGUGAGUAUUCAACCAACCACAUCUUAUGAGAAUAAGAAUCCUUUGGGCUUUAACCAGGGCUCACCUACUUUUGCAGAAAUAGUUAAAACAUCGGUGGAAAUUCAUGACAUACAAAAAAAGAGUGAACAGAAUAAAAGUUCAUCUAAUUUCAUUGAGCACCGAAGACCACGUAUGAAGCGGACACAAAGGGAACAAAAGGAAAACCAAAACACCACAAAUAGGCAAGAUGGAUUUGGUGGUGUUGCUAUUUGUGUACACAAAUCUGUGCAUUCUUCACUACAACGUGUGCGGAUAGACAAUAGCGGUAUGGAAAUUUUAUGUGUAAAGUUAAGUAAUUUCAGUCCUAUAGAUUAUAUUUUAUCAGUGUACUGUCCUCCCUCUUUGAUUAUAAGUAAAAGUGAUUGGGAUAGGCUUCUAUCUUUGUAUACUAAAAAAACACUAAUAUUAGGAGACUUCAAUGCGCAUCAUAGUAAUUGGUCGAAUAAGAUAGAUUAUAAGGGAUCACUUAUGUUUGAUGCUUUAGUCGAUAGUAACUUUAUAACUUUAAAUAAUGGUGAGGCUACUAGGAUGCGCUUGGUCAAUGGGAGGCUUCAACAAUCCUCACCUGAUAUUACCUUAGUUUCUUCAGAUAUUGCUUUACAAUUCAACUGGAGGGUGAUAAAUGAAACAUUGGGGAGUGACCACUUAAUGGUGAAGGUUUCUUGUAUUUCGAAUUCUUUAAUUAACCCUAUAGUAAAGCGAAACUUUCGCAAAGCCAAUUGGACUUCAUAUAAAAAUGACACAGAGAUAUUGUUCACAGAUCUCAUUUUACCUGUAGAUCUUCAAAAAGGUUAUGAUUUAUUUAUCUCUAAAAUAAACGAGGCUGCUGCCAAAAAUAUACCUCUAGUUAAGUAUAAUCAGAACCCGGAAUCUAAGUUUACCCCUAGAUCUUUUUGGACAAAGGAAUUAUCCCAUGAAGUAGCUCAGCGUAGACUUGCCCUUGCAAUAUUUCGACGGAAUCCCAGCCCGAAUAACUACAUAAAACUUAAAAAACACAUAAGUGUUGCGCAGCGAGAUAUUCGUUAUGCUAGGAACAAAGAUUUCCAGAAUUCAUGGUCUUCGGUGGAUGAAUCAACAACUUCCAAUGAAAUGUGGCAUAAAAUGUCCUGGAUGAAAGGUUUUAGAAAGUCUAAGCGUCAUAUAAAUGAUAUAGAAGCUGAAAAACUGCUUCGUUCAUUAGCCCCUGAUUACGUUUCCCCACCUUGUCCCGAUAUUCGAAGUACAAAUAUUACAAUAGAAUGCCCAAUUUCAAUUCAGGAGCAGGAGCAAGUGAUGUAUGAAGCAGUGUCCGGGAAACUCGACGGUUGCAGUCAGCUAUUACACUCAGUAUUAUCAAAUAUAUCCAUAGUAUUUAACAACGUUAAUACGGUUAUUAUAAGCCAAGAUGUAAAAGCGAAAUUG